AUGGAAAAGUUCAAAGCCCUCGACUUGGCCAAGAAGAAACCUAUGGAUGCCUCGGACUUUAGCAAAUGGGUGGAAUUUAAUGCGUUCCAUGGGUACACGCACCCCGAUGCGUCGGAAAUAGCGAUACUGGUGAAGCACAAAACGCCAAAAGAGGUGGUGGAGACGCUGACGACACUUCGAAGAGAGCAUUACUUAUGGCGCUACUGGUCCAGGGAUCUGCACAGGGCAAUAGCGUCAUAUUACUUGGAGCAAAAUACACCGGAAGUGAUCCUAACUGCGUGGCUGGAUUUGGAUUUGAAACCAAGGGACCUUUACGAUGACCUUGGCUUCAGUAAGGAAGCAGGAGGAGUGCGUGACUCGCCAGAAGCUGCGUUGAUGUUCUAUAAGUACGCCGAGUUGCACAGAGAAGAGGGGAGGGACUACGCGUUGAGUGCUGAUGAAACGGCGGCGCAUAUGUUUCGCAACCUAACUCCCGAAGAAGCGACUGCCUUCUUAAAAAAGGCUAAAGAACUAAAGGUGCCCGAGGAAUUCGCCAAAGUAGUGCAUGAACUUCAACUAACGUCGAAGUGGAUUGAGAAAUUUCGAGAGAAUCUUCCUGAUGUGAAAAAAAUGUCUGAGGAGGAAUUCGUACGCCUCGGCCUGACCGAGGAGGGACCCGUAGAUGUCUCGAAACUGGACCAAUGGAUACUUUUUAAUGAAUUUCAUGGGUACACGCAUCCCUAUCGCAACCCUGAUGCGCUGCAAGUAGCAAUAUUGAUGAAGCACAAGACGGCAGAGGAGGUUGUGAAGGCGCUGACAACACUUCGAAGAGAGGAUUACUUAUGGCGCAUUUGGUCCAGGGAUCUGCACAGGGCGAUAGCGUCAUAUUACCUGGAUAAAGGGACGCCGGAAGUGAUGCUUAAUGCAUGGGACACAUUGAAAUUGAAACCUGAGGAUGUUCAGAAUAGCCUUGACUCAAAUCAGCACUUUUCAGAGCGCGAAAGUACUGACGCUGCGUGGGUGAUCUAUAAGUACACUGAGCUGUUGCUGAAACAGAACAGCGGUUACCAAUCAAGAGCUAAUGAAAUGGCUGAACGUAUAUUUCGCCACCGUGCUCCUGAAGAAGUUAGUGGUUUCUUGGAAAAAGCUGCAACAUUAACGGAAUCGGAGGAAUUCGUAAACUUGGUGCAUAAGCUUCAACCAAUCUUGCAGCGGAUUGACCAGAAUCGAGCGACUAUGGCCCGGUCGAAUUUUAAUUCUGAGAUGAAGCUUGAAAGCCUCGGCCUAAACAAUGAGGGACCCGUGAAUGCCCAUGCCUGCCGCAUGUGGGUAGACUCCAAUCGAUAUGCUCACCGUCCCAUCCAGUAUUCGUCGCAAGCAGUGAUAUUGCUGAAGCACAAAACGCCCGAGGAAGUAGUGGGGGCACUGAUUUUAAAAGAAGAAGACGAUCUGCACGAGGCGAUAGCAAUAUAUUACUUGGAGAAAGAUACACCAGAAGUGAUGCUCAAUGCGUGGCUGACGUUGGAAUUGAAACCUAAGAAACUUUACCAUAGCCUUGCCUUUAGUAAGUUAAUAGAAGGAGUGCAUAACUCGCCAGGGGCUGCGUUGAUGUUUUACAAGUACACCGAAUUACUGAGAGAAAAGGGGAAAGCUUACGCAUUGAGUGCUGAACAAACGGCGGAGCUUAUGUUCAGCAGUCUACUUCCCGAUAACGCUAUCGCUUUUUUACAUAAGGCGAGCGAAUUAGCGGGGGCAGGGGAAAUGGACAAGAUAAAGUUUGAACUUCAACCAAUCUUAAGGCAAAUUGAAAAGUUCCGAUUUAUUCGCCAAGGCCUCAAGGGUAAGGAACCCGUGGAUGACAAGAGUUACACCGAAUUAAAAACUGAUUGGGCGUACGCAAAAUGUACCAAGCACAGUAAUUACUUUCGCGACCCCAGUAAGUUAGAUGUGGAAAGGUUGAUGGAGAACAAAACACCAGAGGAGGUGGUGGAGGCACUAACGUCAAUUCAAAAGAAUACGUAUUGGCGCAGAUGGGCCUCCGAUUUGCACGGGGAAGUAGCAUCACAUUUCUUGGAAAAAAAGACGCCGAAAGCAUUGCUGAAUGCGUGGUUUACGUUGGCGUUGGAACCCAAGGACCUGUAUGAUAUAGCUUUGAUAUCGGUGCGUUCUUCAAACCGUACUCAGCUGCGUUGA